AUGGCUGCUACAAACGGUACCUCCGGCAAUGACUUCACUGUCAAGGCCGGCCUUGCUCAGAUGCUGAAGGGUGGUGUGAUUAUGGACGUCGUGAACGCCGAGCAGGCUCGCAUCGCCGAAGAGGCCGGUGCCGCCGCUGUCAUGGCCCUCGAGCGUGUCCCCGCUGAUAUCCGCGUUGAGGGCGGCGUGGCUCGCAUGUCCGACCCCGGCAUGAUCAAGGAGAUCAUGGAAGCCGUCACCAUUCCCGUCAUGGCCAAGGCCCGCAUUGGCCACUUUGUCGAAUGUCAGAUCCUGGAGGCCAUUGGCGUCGACUACAUCGACGAGUCCGAAGUCCUCACCCCCGCUGACGAUGUCUACCACGUCACCAAGCACGGCUACAAGGUCCCCUUCGUCUGCGGCUGCCGCAACCUGGGUGAAGCCCUGCGCCGUAUCUCCGAGGGCGCCGCCAUGAUCCGCACCAAGGGUGAAGCUGGCACUGGCGAUGUCGUCGAGGCUGUCAAGCACAUGCGCACUGUCAACGCACAGAUCAGCCGUGCCCGCGGUAUCCUCCUUGCCAGCGCGGACGCCGAGCCCGAGUUGCGCGCUUUCGCCCGUGAGAUCGAGGCUCCCUAUGAGCUUGUUCGUCAGGCUGCUGAGCUGGGCCGUCUGCCUGUUGUCAACUUCGCUGCUGGCGGUGUUGCUACUCCUGCCGAUGCGGCGCUUAUGAUGCAGCUCGGCUGUGAUGGCGUCUUUGUUGGCUCUGGUAUCUUCAAGUCUGGUGAUGCUAAGAAGCGUGCCCGUGCUAUUGUCCAGGCUGUUACUCACUUCAAGGAUCCUAAGGUUUUGGCUGAGGUUAGCCAGGGUCUUGGUGAGGCUAUGGUUGGUAUUAAUGUGAAGCAGAUGCCCGAGGCUGAUAAGCUGGCUGGUCGUGGCUGGUAG